AUGCAGUCGCCCAGCAGCAGCCGCCAGGGGCUGCUCGGCCUGACAGGCGCCUGGAUCACCGCGCACCUCAUCGACGGCAGCGUGCACCUCGGCUUUGUGCACGCUGUGGACCCCGAGACGGGCAACGUCGUGCUCCUCCGGCCCGAACCGGCCGGCCCGCCCGGCGCCGUGCUGCCAAUGGUACUGCUGCAUGACGCCAUCGCGGAGGCGCUCCGGCGGCAGCGCAUCCCCUUCCAGCUGGAGGGGUGCGGAGGGGAAGACUUGCUGGUGCUCGGUUGCCUGCGCUGCGUCCCGCCCUACAAUGCGAGGGCGGUCUCGUGCGAGAACGAGAUCGUGCUCAGCCGGUUUACGGAGCUGCUGGCCGGUGUGUGA